CUCAUGUUUGCCAAUAUAUGUUCUCCAAUUAAAGACUACUGUCCCAUAUUUUAGACCAUUAUGACUUAAUUAAUUGUUUUAUUCAUUUGUUAACUUAAAGACAUUUUUAAAGUGCUACAUGAUUUAAUUCCAGGUGCUGUGAACACAUCAUUAUAGGCAAAAGUCUGUCUUUAUUGACCUUACAUUCACGUGACAAUAAAAAGAUAUAUACUUCUUGCCCACCUCUCUUUAGGUUUACCAAUGUGGAUUCAUAAAAGGAUUACGUUUUUCAUUUAUGAUAAAGUUAUUAUUAUAAAUAUGUAUGAUGCUGCUACAUGGAACACAGCAGAGUAUAUCAAAAGGCUAGGCGUGACCAUUAGGGUCAGUUUGAGGCUCUGAAAACUACCCCUCUUCAGGACCAUCACAGAAGCAGUUUGCACUUAUUGCGGUGUCGUUCUCCCUAACCCUUUCUUCAUUUCUGGCUCCUGGAAUUGAGCUACUUGUUAUUCUACCCAGAAUGUCUAAGGAGUUUGUAGUGGGGGACUUUCAGCUUGUUUUACUCUGGCACCUUGUUCAGUGUCUGCCUUCUGUGUUAGACGGUAAACUCCGUGCAGGCAGGUAAACAUUCUCGUUCGCUGCUUUGUCUCUAGCUCUCAGCACGGAGCCUAGCACAUAACGAACACUCAGUGUAUCUACGCUGAACGGAUGAGUGCCUUUCACAUACAUGAAGCCUUCAGUUGUGAUGAGGUUAGACACAGUUGUGUCUACAGAAUUAUGUCUUGAGAAAUGAGCAUGCCAAUGAAGAGAGUUACAGGAGGGCUGGAAAGCUGGGCUCCUCUGUUGUUUUACCUAUGCUACAACUGACUCACCUAAGCUCACCUAACAGCUUGCUUGUGCUACGUUUUUUCCUAAUUGUAGAUGUCAUAAAAACCCCUACUUCAUUCCUAUCUCUUUUUAGAAAUCAUAUUGAGGUAUAAUUUGCAUGCACUAAAGUAUACCCAUUGAAGUGUAUGUUUUGGUGAGUUUUGACAAAAUUAUAUACCCCUGUGACAACUACCAAAGUCAUGAUAUAGAACAUUUCCAUCACUGCAAGAUGUUCCCUUUUACGCCUGCCUAGGAAAGCCCCCAAAUUCUUAGCCCCAAGUAGCCACUCACCUGCUCUCUGUCCCUAUAGGUUCAAUGAUUCCUUUCUAGAAUUUCAUAUAAUAGAUGGAAUCAAAUAGUAUAUGUUCUAUAAUGUUUUGGGGAUUCAUCCAUGUUGCAAGUAUCAGUAGUUCACUCUGACCCUUAUUUUAUUUUAUUUUAUUUUGCUUCACUGGGUCUUCGCUGCUGCACUCAGGCUUUCUCUAGUUGAAGCAAGCAGGGGCUAUUCUUCCUUGCUGUGUGCGGGCUUUUCAUUGCAGCAGCUUCUCAUUGCGGAGUGUGGGCUCAAUAGUUACGGCGCAUGGGCUUGUUGCUCCUUGGCAUGUGAAAUCUUCUUGGAGUAUGGAUGGAAUCCAUGUCCCGUGCAUUGGCAGGCAGAUUCUUAUCCACUGUACCACCAGGGAAGUCCUGGCCUCUAUCUUUCGAAAUAAGAGCUUCUCCUGUUUCUAAAGGACUAAUUUUGCUUCUCCUCUUCUCUAAGUUUCCCUGUUGCUCUUCCCUCUCUCAGUUUCCGUAUUUUCCAGUCUCACAUCAGACGUUGUAAUUCAGUCACUUUUGCUUCCGCAGAUUCAAUAAUCCAAGAUGUCUUUUAAGUGCUGGGAUAUCACGAGAACGUCAACAUCACCCAGACUUAUUCCUAAGUGGAAGGACUUGAAACCCCUCUUAAAGGAUAUCCUGAAGGAUAAACAGGUUGAUGAAAAGACAGCGGGUCAUGUGAACAUGCUGAGUGACUGGGCUGAGAUUCUAUGCCAAGAGUCUCACCAUCCUGAGAGCAAACCUUUCAUCUGCUUCUACUCCAUUGAUGACAACUAUUUUGUCUCCUUAAACCGGGCAAAACUGUAUUCAAAACAAAUGCAGGCAGUACUCUGGAUUCAGAAGAAAGCUGCAGAAAAGGAAGGAGUGAUAAAAAAGAUAAAGUUCCAUGUGAUGGCUCAAGUGCCACCCAUCCAAGCAAUGGUCCACACAGGUCCCUAUCACAUGUUAAUUGCUUACUGUGAUGACAUGCGCCUGUGGCUCUUUGGGGAUCACCAUCAAGGGUUCAUAUCUCUGGGUAUGGUCCCCUGUCGUUUCUCCAUCAGCUGCCUCAGCUAUGACUCAGAAACUGAGAUGCUUCUCUCUGGUACCCUGGGGGCUGUGGUCACCUGGUUUAUCUUGCCGAACGGCAGGGGCCUGCAAAUGGCCCAAACUGUGCCUAUGCCUGGUGGUGAGCUUGUUCAAGGCUUUUCCCUGAAUGCCCCCCCGGGCUCCCUGCUGGCUCAUUGUGAAAAUAAGGUGAGAGUCUUCACCCACCAAGGUCAGGGCCAACUGGAAGAGGUGAAGAAGUUCACUCCCAUCAACAGUGGCUCCACCAUCACCUGCUCCUUCACUUGUUUAUCUCAGGGCUACUUCUAUGUUGGAAACAAGGAUGGAGAAAUCCAUGCUUGGGGUCUAGACCGAGGUAACUUCCUCCACAGCUUCCAGGCUCAUUCCUCAUCAGUGAUGUGUAUCCAAAGCCGGUCAGAGACCUAUACCUUACUAACAGCGGGCGGUGAAGGUGUAGUGAAGGAAUGGAACCUUGCCUUUGGGAACUUGCUGCGGCAGCUGGAUAUUGAUAAGAACAUGCAGAGACUGCAGUUCAUUGAUAAUAGCACCUUUUUCUGCCAGACUAACCACACUGUCUCAUUGUAUCACCUGCCCUACUUUUAUAGCCUCUUCAAUAUCUGUGGUUCUGCUCCCCAGGAGGUGCGGCGGGUCUGCUGUGGCCAUAACUGGACUCGGAUCUUAUGUGCCACUAAGGAUGGUCUGUUGCGCUUCUUGUCUCCAGUAACGGGAGAUCUCCUGGUUAUCACCUGGCCUCUACUUAUCAUGGAUCAGGCUGUGGCUUGGGCCUAUGACUCACACAGAGAGGAGCUCUUUGUGGCAACAGAUAGUUCAGAGGUGCUGGUGUUUGAUGCAACACGCUCUCCUUGCACAGCCAAGUAUCUUUUGUGUCCUUCAGGAAGCCUUGGGGAUAGAGUCAAAUGCCUGGCCUAUGGGCAAUACCACUUGGGUAAGGGCCUUGUAGGACUGAUGUUCAGUGGGCAUGACAGCGGCACUGUGAGAAUCCUCUCCCACUACAGCUGUGCCCGAGCAGCAAAGAUUCUUCACUCUGGGGCAGUCCUGGCAUUGUCUACCCUGGAGGGUCCCCAGGAGUACUCCUUGCUCUGUUCCUAUGGCAUGGAUAAUACUGUAUAUCUGACAGAAGCUGUUCUGCAGGGGGACAGGGUAGUCCUGCAGCCUGUCAGCAAAAUUCUCUGUGUUUGCCCCCUAAAACACGUGAUACUCUUGCCAGGUUCUGUGGGUGCCAUCACUGAGAACCACCACUGGCAUCUCUGGAGUUAUCAGGACUUUCUGACAUCUCCAGGCUCAAAGCAGAGAUCUGAGUUUAAAGAGACAAAAUGCCUGCACCAGUGUGCCAUCACUUCAUUUGAUGUUUGCCUUUCCCUGAAACUUUUUGUCACAGGAGACACUAACGGCUCAGUCCGGAUCUGGGACUUCCAUGGGAAACUCAUAACCGAGUUGGACUCUGCGCUACAUUUUGGCCCACUGUGCUUUGCCAAUAACCGGGGUGACCUGCUUUUGACUUUUAACCAGAGUCUUUACCUGGUAUCCUGCUUAAAACUGCUCCCUCCAGCCCAGCUGAUUCACCUAACUCUCCUGAACAAUGCAGAUGACAUACAAGAAGCCCCUAAACCCUUCCUGCCUAGCUUCUUCUUUUCAUUCGAAAAAGUAUUUGUACCCAAAUUUGUCUACUUUGGUCAAGGGUCGCAGGAAUUACAGGGGCUAGAGGCCCUUGUUAACAAACGGAUGAUUGCCUUUGACCAUACUGUGCCCCAUGUUGUAGAGGAAGAGAGGCCUGAGUCCUCUGUGAUGCAGGAGGGACCCACAUUGCAUUUUUUGGAAGAUAAGUAUACUGAUUUUCCUACUCUUACUCCCAAGCGUGAUCGUCCCCCAUUCGUGGUUCCUUCUCAGUUGCGACUGGCCGGCUGGGAUGGGUUGAAACCCUACCAGAUAUUAUGUCAUUUCUUUGGUCAAGGGCGGCCUUGGCCCUUUCCUCCGGAUGGCUACAUCCCCAACUCAGUGAUCCGUGCCCGUCUUUGGCCUGAGGGUACCCCCGUCUUCUUGCACUGUGAUCUCUACCUAUCCUACCAAGAUAAGGACUGGGACAUGACUGGACUCAGCAGAAGUCAGGCACUGUCACCUGUGACUUCAAUAAAACAGAAAAUCUCAAAGAGGAAACCAGACCAAAAACCCAUGCUGGGGAAACAAACUUUCUUUGAUAUUCUUGUAAACUUGGCCAGUCAAAAUUGGAUGGGAAGAAAACUGGAUGAAGGACUUAUCAAUACUAUAAUUGAGACCGUCCUCAACCUCAGAGUUUACUGUUCUAUAGAGCAAUACAAGACAUAUAUCAGUAUCCUGGCACAGAUUUUUGCCUCCCAUCAAGUGUCUCCAAGGUGGCACUCUGAGACUGCUUGUUGCCUCAUGGAAGACACAACUCAUUCCAAUCCAGAGGUCCGGGAGACAGCCUGGGAGGGAUUGGAGAAGCUAGGCUUCAUGAGCCGUCUCUUUGCGAUUCCCCUGGCUGUGGGAUUGAUGGACAGCGAUAAAAAUGUGCGGGCUAAGGCCUUAUACCUUAUGGCAAGGGUCACGGGCAUCCAAACUAAGAGCCUGCUGAUAGCUCUGCUGAAGAGACGAGACAUUCUCAAGGAAAUGCAGCAAGACUUUAUUGGAGAAAUCUCUCUGGACCAGCUGCUGGGAAUUCAAGCUACUGGUAUCCAGUACCUGCUUACUCAGGUGGAACAGCGGUUAAAUGAGAACCUGACCCUGUCACACAGAGAGGAGAAACCUCCUUUGGUUUUAGUUAUAUCAAGGGAUCAUGAACUUGAGGCCCCUGAUGAACAAACACUCAAAAUUUGGUCAGAACCUGCAAAGAUCGCCAAACCAAAGCAAAGAAUGACACAUGUUGUUACAGCAAAGAGCAAAAAUCUCAGUAUGUAUGGGGUGACAUAUAGGGUAUAUUUGGGGCCCACUUUAGGGCACCAAAAGGCAGGGUCAAUAAGCCCAAGUUAUAUAAAAAGAUACCAGUGGUGACAGACUUAAGUAAGGACUCUUUCACAGAAAGUAACCUUUCUGGGAAAGAUCUACCCCAUAACAAAUGUGUUUUUAUUGUUUAGUCACUAAGUUGUGUGUGACUCUUUUGUGACCCCAUGGACUGUAGCCUGCCGGGCUCUUCUGUCCGUGGGAUUUCCCAGGCAAGAAUACUGGAGUGGGUUGCCAUUUCCUUCUCCAGGAGAUCUUCCCACAACAAACAUCAA